UGACCGUAAACAACCUCUCUGUUCACCUCACACCCCAUCUCUCCCAACAUGGCAGAGGUGUCAGAGACGAGCGCCGACGUGCCAAAGAUCUCAAUCGAGGUCCUCGACCAGCUCGACCCAGCAACCUUCAACUGGGAUGCCUUUGCCAGCACAUACAAGGGCCGCGCCCUCAUAACGCGCUACCUCGCGAUCCCGAACCUCGUCUUCACUGCCACCUCUCCGUCCCCACGCGCACUGGAGCUCGCACGUGCUGCCGCUCUGCGCGCCAUCGCGCUGCUCAAGGCCGAGACGUGGGACGCAGAGUCGUACCUCCGCGCUGUGCGCCAGGUCGACGCCUCGGCGCACCCCGAGCGUGCGGACGCCGUCGACGCGCCGUCUACCGACGAGCCGAUGGACAUUGACUCGGCGUACGGCAAGAAGGGCGAGAGCGAGGGGCGCCCAGACGGCGCGUGGGUCGAAAAGGUCCGCUCGGCCGCCGAGGCCGACAAGGCCAAGCUCGAGGUGGAGCUCAGCGGGUAUCUCAGCAACCUCAUCAAAGAGAGUAUCAGGCUCACGUACCUCUCCCUUGCGCACCUUGCCCUCAAGACGGGCUCCUUCCCCACGGCGCAGAAGACGUUCCAGCACAUCCGAGAGUACUCGAGCGGCCCGGCGCACCACGUCGAGCUGGGUCUGGGCAUCAUCGAGGCCGCUCUCGCGUUCAACGAGUCCGGGCCUCUGGCAGGCAACGUUACCAAGGUCGAGGCCUCGCUCGACCGCCUCCACCCACCCGUGACCGGCAGCUCGCAGCAGGCAAGCGCGACCAUGACGACGAUGCAGGUGGCGCAGAACCGCGAGAUCCAGGCGCGCAGCCAGGCUGUGCGCCGCGCCGUCGGCGUCAAGAUCCGUGUCGCCAAGGCUGUCCUCGCGCUCAGCCACAACGACUAUGCCCGUGCUGCUAGAGAGCUGGGUGAGGUGAAUGAGGAAGGCGGGCUCCAGGAGUGGGAGGGCCAGGCCAUCUCGACGGCCGACACUGCCCUGGUCUCGGCCAUCUGUGCCCUGGCGACUGGCUCGCGCGAGCACCUCCGCCGCGUGCUUCUCGACCGUGCAAGCUUCCACUCUGCGGUCGACGACUCGCAGGGCUGGGUGCUGGACCUGGUCCGCGCGUUCGUCGACGCGCGCUACGGCGAGGCGAUUGUCAUCUUGCGCAAGGCUGAGCCGUACCUUCUCCUCAACCCCCUCCUCGCCCCCCACACGGCCCGCCUCGUGUCACUCAUCCGCACGCGCGCAAUCAAGCAGUACAUCACGCCGUUCUCCUCGGUGCGCAUUAGCGCCAUGGCGCAGGCGUUCGGGUCGAGCGAGGACGAAAUUCUCGCCGAGGUGGCCUCCCUGGCCGAAGCAGGCGACCUCAAGGUCAAAAUCGACCUCAUCGACCGCAUCCUCACAAUCAAGGACAAGGACGCGCGCGCCGACGCGUUCCGCAGUGCUCUCGGCGUCGGCGCCAAGGCCAACGCCGUGACCCAGGCAUCGACCCUACGCAUGCGUCUUAUCGAGGCUGGCAUUGUUGUUGACCCCGCCCCGCGCGACUUGGACGAGGGCGACGGGCCCCGCGUUCCUGGCUGGGACUUUGGCAGCAGCGGUGGCGGUGGGGCAGGUGGUGGUGGUGCCGGGCGGUCGACACGGAGCCGCCUUACCGGGUUCGGGCAGGCACUGGGCAGCCUGGCGCGCAAGGCCAAGGCUUAGACGUGUAGCAGUGUUGUAUUAUAUGCAUGUGGAUAGUAAGCCGAG